UGUGUGUGUGGGUGACCAUGACAUAGAGGAACAGAGGGAGAGACAAAGAGAGAGGGAGAAUGUAAGGCUGGCACACAAACAUACAUUUAUACACACACCAAAGCACACACACACACACACACACACACACCUGUUUGAUGGGUGAUGGGGUGACACGAUGUCCCACCAUGAACCUGGUAUUUGCCACUGGGCGUCCAGCACUUCACUAUAAAGGCGUGGGCACUCAGUCUGAUGUUACUCCUGGAUACUAGUUAAAGUUCAAAAGCUAUUCAAAAUUACACAAUUAACUCUUUUUUAUUGUUUUUUAACAACAGGUGUGAUGGACCAUGAAACAGAAAUAGAGAAGAAAGCUCAGGCAGGCGAGAGAGAGAGGAUUACCUCGACAGACCUACACUGUGAUAUUUUGGACUUGAGUGGAGGAGAGAAUAUCCCAGAGCUGUGCAAAAGGAAGAAUACGAUUAAGCAAACAUAUUCGCCCAGGGUGUCUAUGGAAAGCCCUGUGAAAGGGCCCACGGACACUGCAGAAUUCAUGAGUGCAGCCAGUCAAGGCAGGCUGAAUGUAGUAGACAAAUACCUGGCUGAUGGUGGGAACCCCAAUGUCCAUGAUGAGCUGAAGAGGACAGCACUCCACCGUGCCUCUCUGGAAGGACACACUCAAGUUAUACAGACCCUUGUAGAAAAAGGAGCCGAUGUCAACUUUAAAGAUCAACUGGGCUCCAGGGCCAUACACUGGGCCUGCAGAGGGGGGAGCCCGGAUAUUGUUAAAACCCUGAAGAGCCUCGGGGCUGACCUGAAUGCUAGAGAUAAGCUGUACAGCACUCCUCUGCACGUGGCCACGAGAACAGGCCACACCGCCAUUGUUGAGUACCUGCUGUCCUGUGGUGCCAAAAUCAACUCCAGGGACAGGGAAGGAGACACAGCCCUGCACGAUGGCAACCGAUACAAGAUAGCGAAGCUGCUCUUAGCGGCGGGCGCAGAUAGGAAUAUAAAAAAUCGAGAAGGAGUGACCGCAGUGCAGCAGGUAAAACAAUGGCAGUUCAACGUCAUGGACACCCUGCAGAGAAUGGACAACCCGAGGGAGCUGGGACCUGAAAACAUCCCCAGAGAGGAGUAGAUCAUGCAGAAAACGUACAUCUCCUCAAACAGUAUUUUCUUUAUGACAUAACCAAGUACCCGUCUCAGGUUCAAAACACAUUCGGUAAUUCCACUGUGUGUUUGUCUACAUCGUAUGUGAGUAUACGCAUUAAAUGUGCUGCUAUUCCAGGGCAUGGAGUUUAAACCACUGAAAUUUGACUGAACUCUUGGAUUUGGAUUUCAGCUCAGCUCAUUGCUGAAAAAAAGGAAACAAAACCCCAAACUUCUUUAAAAAGGUUUUGCCAAGCUUUAGCUUUUGACUUUCUAUUCUACAGCUUUAUGAUCUAAGCUGUGCUCUGGUGGAUGAUUCAUAACUCAUUUGUGCAGCCUUUGUAAGUUGGAUGAUAUCAAUAGAUGGUGCUGUGCAGAAGCUGCAUUUGAAUACACAUCAAGAGGUCCUUGUUUUAUUGAGGGGACAGAUAAUGCCGGAGCGCACAGUAGUACUGUGUCUGAGACCUCAGCUGACGAUGGCAAAGAUGGCUGGCAUGCCCCCGCUUUAAGUCAGGGAUUCAAGGGGGCCUCAGUGCACAUAUUUUCCAUCUAUCAUCAGUGGCUCAAAUGUUCACUCAUUACACAUGCAGCCAUUCAUUUUGUGAGCAUAAUUUGUUCAACAGCUACUGCUUUAUUUUUUUUCACAAUGUGAAUGUUGAAUGUUGUUUUGAAAAGAGUCAAUUCUUCUGUUAAAAAAUAAAAAAAACAAUGUGUUCAUUGUAGACAACUCAUCAGAUACAUCGGCUUCACACACAAAAUAUUUCCUGUUUCAAGCGAGGCCGUGUAACUGUCAGGGAGACACAUAGCGUGUCAUACAAGGUUGUCUACAGAGGCAUCAUUUAUUUUGUCAACCUGACCCAAGCCCUCAUGGCAGUACAGAGUCAAUAUAAUAAAGUUCUUGGAAUUGAAAAGA